AUGAAAAUCUUAUUGUAUUUAACUUCAUUUAUUGUCUGUUAUUCUUUUGAGAUUUGUGUCCAACCAUAUUUUCCACCUCAAAUUGUGUUUUCUUUUGAUGAUGGCCAACCAUUAUAUGCAAUUGAUGAAAUAAAUCAACGAGCUUAUCAGUCAUUUACUGUUGAGCCUUGGAAACCACAACAAUCAUAUCUAAUGAAAAAAUUUCCCUACGCAAUUCCUGAUUCUCCUCAAUCAAAAUAUUAUGUUGAAUUAGUAUUAGAUCCUAUUAAGGAUUCAUGUAUAUAUACAACAUUUUGGAAAUAUGGUGCAAAAUAUUUUAGUGAUUUUCCAUCACAUUGGAUAUCAAAUGGAAGUUCAUUAGAAAUAAAAAGUUUUAUUAAUUUUACUUAUCCAAUGAUUCAUUCAACUAAUUUUUCUUCUCCAGAUGAAGAUUAUUGGUAUGCAAAUCAAACAUGUAAAAUUGAUAGUGGAGAAAUUUAUCCAUGUCAAGAAAUUUAUUUUAAAAAAAAUACACAAAUUCCUCUACGAUUAACACAAGUUAUUUCUCGAGAUUAUAGAUUUAUACAAACUACCAUAAAUUAUAAUAUCAUAUCAAUGGGAAAACCAGAUGAUAAAUAUUUCAAUUCAAUACCUAAAGAUUGGUUUACCGCUUGUAAAGAUCUUGAUCUUGGUAUUUCAUAUUAUCCAGAAUUUGCAAAGAUAUAUUUACAUGAAAGUGCAAAAUUUUUCAUUUCUCUUUCUACUCCACCACAUCGAAUUAAUGGAAAUGAUACUGUCCGUAUUCAAUUCAAUACAACUGAUUGUAUGGAUUGUUUUACAAUAUCACGAAAAGAAUUUACUUUUAAUACAAAAAAUUUCAAUGAAAAUCAAACAUUAACAAUAACUCGUAUGAAAGAUGCAUCUCAAACAACAAUUAUUCCAAUUAUAUAUGGUGGAGGUUUUGCUAAUAUUACACCACACAGAUUUCCACUUUAUAUUGAUUAA